CGGAGUGCUGGAGCCCGGCUGGGGCGGCGGAGCGGCCGGCGAGGCCGGGAUGGCGGCGCUGUUCGCUCCCCGCCGGGGGGCCGGGGCUGCCGGCCGGCGCUGGUUGGUGCUACUGGUCCCCCCGCUGCUGGUGCUGCUGCUGGCGCGGCCCGCGGGGGCCCUGGUGGAGGGGCUCUACUGCGGCACGCGGGACUGCUACGAGGUGCUGGGCGUGAGCCGCUCGGCGGGCAAGGCGGAGAUCGCGCGGGCCUACCGCCAGCUGGCCCGGCGCUACCACCCCGACCGCUACCGGCCCGAGCCCGGCGACGACGGCCCCGGGCGGACGCCGCAGAGCGCCGAGGAAGCUUUCCUGCUGGUGGCGACCGCCUACGAGACUCUGAAGGAUGAAGAAACACGAAAAGAUUAUGACUACAUGCUGGAUCAUCCAGAAGAGUACUAUAGCCAUUACUACCAUUACUACAGCAGGCGCUUAGCCCCUAAAGUGGAUGUCAGAGUAGUGAUUUUGGUCAGCGUGUGUGCUAUUUCGGUAUUUCAGUUUUUCAGCUGGUGGAAUAGCUACAAUAAGGCAAUCAGCUACCUAGCCACAGUACCCAAGUACCGUAUCCAAGCUACAGAGAUUGCCAAGCAGCAAGGACUACUCAAAAAAGCCAAAGAAAAAGGCAAAAACAAAAAGUCCAAAGAGGAAAUUCGUGACGAGGAGGAGAACAUCAUAAAGAACAUUAUAAAAAGUAAAAUAGAUAUAAAGGGAGGAUAUCAGAAACCCCAAAUAUGUGAUCUUCUCCUGUUUCAAAUUAUCUUAGCUCCUUUUCACCUAUGCUCAUAUAUAGUCUGGUAUUGCCGAUGGAUUUAUAAUUUUAACAUCAAAGGCAAAGAAUAUGGGGAAGAAGAGAGACUAUAUAUCAUCCGUAAAUCUAUGAAGAUGUCAAAGUCUCAGUUUGAUAGCCUAGAAGAUCAUCAGAAAGAAACUUUUCUUAAACGGGAGCUCUGGAUAAAGGAGAAGUAUGAGGUCUACAAACAAGAACAAGAGGAAGAAUUAAAGAAAAAGUUAGCAAGCGACCCUCGAUGGAAGAGAUACAGGAGAUGGAUGAAGAAUGAAGGGCCUGGACGGUUAACAUUUGUGGACGACUGAAGAUGGGUGGAAUGCUAUGUGCCAACCCUUGUUGUGAUACUAUUUUCAUAACUGAAUUAUCUUAGAAAUGUGUCAACUGCUGUUUAGCAGUAACAAAAAUUGCUCAAGUACUUGAUUACACAGAAUAAUGUAGAAAUUUAAACUUUCCCUUAAAACUUUAUACAUAAGAUGUUUAUGAUUGUUCAAUUUUUAUAAUCUAUUUGUGGAUUUUGUUAAAAGAUUUCACAUGAAGAUAUAUUCAUUGCCAUUUAAAAAUUUUAUAUGUUUAGUUAAAAGAUUUGACAUGAAAAUUUACUAGAUACCAUUUAAAAUUUGUAUGUGUUAAGUAUUUAUUCUUAAAGAUGCCUCCUUGCUUGUUAUAGUACUACAUUUUUCUGCUUUCAUGGCCUCUAUAUUUUCACAAAACCUAAAACAAUUAUUAUAGCAUUAGAUUACAUUAUUGUGUCUUUCUAGACACAAACUUCUUCCUCAGAAUGAUUUAACUAUCAUGUGGUCUCCCAUUACAGUCUGGAUUGGAGUAUGUUCAGAAUCACCUAUCUAGGAGUCUUCUUGUAGAAUGUCUUUAUAAUAUCCCCCCACCCCAUUAUUAUAAUAUUCCUAGUAAGCUCAGAAACUCUCCAGGAGAGUGAGUCUACCCUUAUGUCCUUGUAGGAUGAUCUUGAUUACAGUCUCAUUAUAGGACUAUACCUGUAUUCUCAAACAUUUCUCCAGAAAGAACCUUGCAAGAAGGUCUGGUUUUUUUUUUAAACCACAGUAUUGCUUCCCCCCCACCUUCAAUUAAAAAAAAUGGCAGGGCAGAAAUGGUGCAGUGAGAAGUUGUUCAUAUAUUAUGAAGUCCUUGCAUUUACAUGAGAGCAUUUACAUGCAUUUAAACCAGAAAGAAGUGGAUAGCUGGCUGUGUGCUGUUUGAUCAACAGGUGAAAUAGAAAUGUGUUUAUAUGUGUGGAAGUGAAAGUAAAUGACACAUAAUUUAAUUGAAUCAAGCAUGAUACUGCACCAAAGUAUCAGUACACAUUCAUGGUAGUGAAUCAAACUCCUGAUAAAAGAUUUAUCCCACUGCUUCAUAGUAAUAAAGUGGUUACAAUAUAUUGUAAGUUUAUUAGUAUGACAUUUAAAAUUAAAAAUUAACAUAUUG